AUGAAAUACCAUUUAGGUAAUGUCGAUAAAAUUAAAUACAUUGAGGGCGUAUGGAAAGAAGACCAAGUUUCCUAUCCAGCAACUAUAAUCUACUCUGAUGGAGCAAUUGAAAAGAUUGGGAGUCCAGAAGAGCUCGGCCAAUGGAACGAAAUUCGCCAAACUUUUUAUAAAUCACAAAGUCUACAAACUAAAACGAUGGAAUCUGAUAGAACUACCCAAUUCAGGGUCAGCGUGGAUAGGAUUAAAGAUGAGACAUUCCACUAUUUAUACAAUCGCAUCAAGGGGUCGCUUGACCCCCAGAGAAAACAAUUCUUUGCAAUUUUCAUGGGUAUAACCGGCUCUGGAAAGUCCACAUUAGUGGAGUUUAUUCUAAAUAUCUUGACAGGCCAACUUGGGUCUCCACAAACACUUCGGGCAAAGGAUCUAGAGGCAGCUGGCAUUGGAAAAAGCAAAACCACCGAGGCGUAUCGGUAUGACAUUGAAUUUGUCAUAGAUGACAAACCCAUGUUCACAUUAACACUAAUCGAUACACCAGGAUUUGCAGAUACAAAUGGAAUAGAUAAGGAUAGAGCACACAUCAAGUCAAUACUGAGAGCUGUCUCAAAGAUUGAAAGACUUGACAACGUUACAUACGUGGUCCCUGUAUCGCUUACCCGACAAACUCUGGAAUCACUUAAUGUUCUGUGCCAGGUAUUUUCUAUUCUUCCGGCCGAAGCUUUUUCAUGUAUAUCGACUGCCAUCACAUUUGGAGACAACAGAGACCAGGCAUCCAGUGUCUUGAAUGUUCUGGACCAAAUGUUGCCAGGAAUAAAAGGCAAACCUGCCACUUUUAUAAACAAUCCUUGGGCCCAACACUCUGCAAAUACCAACAAAGAGGUAAAGGCAGAAAGUCUCAAUCUGACUGGUGUCGACAACACAAACGAUCUCAACCUUAACAUCAACGAAAAGGCAAAAGAGAUUGGUAUUUUUUUGGUCGAGAGGCUCGAAUCUAAGCAAUCUUUUGAAUCAAAAGGAAUGAAUGUACUCAAUAGCCUCAUCGAUACUCUGGUGACAGAGCUCGGGGAUCUAACAGAUAUUUUCACCGUAUAUAACCAUGCCAAAAAUAAUUUGGCUCUUAUUUCAUUAAAUAAUAACAAGGAAUUCGAUCGAUUGGUAACAUCAACCGACAAUAGCUCAAUGGAGGAGUACUUUAAACAAAAGGGAUAUGCUAUCAAGGAUGGAAAACCGAUGGCCAAAGUUAUUGGCAAUGAGCUAUGGCCAGGUGGCGUUUACUCGACAAUAUGCCUAGCACCGGGAUGUAUCAAGGAUGUAUGUCAAGAAGGUUGUAGCUAUUUUGGUGUCAACUUUGAUAACUGUCACUUAUUUAACGAGCCCGAAACAGUUUGUCAAGUUUUAUCAACAUACCAAAAGAUGUACGAAAAACAACUAAGUAAAUUCAAAAAAUUGGAAUCCAUUUUAAAAAAACUUUCGAUCUUUGGAAACAUCCAAACUCUACUCGAAUGUGCACUCGAAACAUACAGAGUUCAACUCGAAGCUCUUAAGCCAAUCAACGAUGAAAAAACAACAAAACAUAUCACAGACAUCAUGACUAGUUUCGAGUCGUUUAUUAAAACCGUCAAGGACUCUGGGACACCAAAGAAAAGUAUUCGCAAAGAGUUGGCUGAAAUCGAAAAAAGAAGGAACGAAAAAAUUGGUCUUCUAAGUAGUUGGAUUAAAAAAAUAAAUGGCCAACAAAAAUCAACUGGACCAGGUUAA